CUGGGGGCGGCCGGGAAGCCAGGGAGCGCCCCAGCCGCUGCAGUGCCACGCCUGGGAGGCCAGCCAGAGAACUUUCUUGCAAGCGACAAGGCGCUUAGGUGCCGGGGCUGAUUCCGGAUCCUCGCGCCUACUCUUCCUCCCGUUUCUCCAGCGGCCAGUGCACACUCCUGCUGUGCAUCAGGUCGCACGUAGAGGCCAAGCCCGCCUAGCAGCCGGCGCUGGGAGCCUGGAGCGGAGAGAGGGGCGGGCCCCGCGGAGCUGGGCGGGACGCGGGGCGCAACAGCCGGCUCUCUCGCUGGUCGGCGGUAGGCUGGGGCAUAAGGCAUGCAGGCGCUCAACAUCACCCCAGAGCAGUUCUCCCGGCUUCUGCGGGACCACAACCUGACCCGGGAGCAGUUCAUCGCUCUGUACCACCUGCGGCCACUUGUCUACACCCCGGAGCUGCCCCUGCGCGCCAAGGUGGCCUUCGUGCUCACCUGUGCGCUCAUCUUCGCCCUGGCGCUCUUCGGCAACGCGCUGGUGGUCUACGUGGUGACCCGCAGCAAGGCCAUGCGAUCAGUCACCAACAUCUUCAUCUGCUCCCUGGCGCUCAGCGACAUGCUAAUCGCCUUCUUCUGCAUCCCGGUCACUAUGCUCCAGAACAUCUCUGACCACUGGCUGGGGGGUGCCUUCAUAUGCAAGAUGGUGCCCUUUGUCCAGUCCACGGCCAUCGUGACAGAGAUUCUCACUAUGACCUGCAUUGCUGUGGAAAGACACCAAGGAAUUGUGCAUCCAUUUAAAAUGAAGUGGCAGUAUACUAAUAGAAGGGCCUUCACAAUGCUUGGUAUAGUCUGGCUGGUGGCAGUCAUCGUAGGAUCGCCUAUGUGGCAUGUGCAAAGACUUGAGAUCAAGUAUGACUUCCUAUAUGAGAAAGAACACAUCUGCUGCUUGGAAGAGUGGACCAGCCCCAUACACCAGAAAGUCUACACCACCUUCAUCCUGGUCAUCCUCUUCCUCCUGCCCCUUCUGGUGAUGCUCAUACUGUACAGUAAGAUUGGCUAUGAACUGUGGAUAAAGAAAAGAGUGGGGGACGGUUCUGUGCUUCGAACUAUUCAUGGAACAGAAAUGUCAAAAAUAGCCAGGAAGAAGAAGCGAGCUGUUGUGAUGAUGUUGGUGGUGGUAGCUCUCUUCGCUGUGUGCUGGGCACCUUUCCAUGUCGUUCACAUGAUGAUUGAAUACAGUAAUUUUGAAGAGGACUAUGAUGAUGUCACCAUCAAAAUGAUUUUUGCUAUAGUGCAAAUAAUAGGAUUUUCCAAUUCCAUCUGCAAUCCCAUUGUUUAUGCAUUUAUGAAUGAAAACUUCAAAAAGAACUUUUUGUCUGCAGUGUGUUACUGUCUAAUAAAGGAAACCUUAUCUCCAGCACGAAAGCAGGGAAAUUUGGGAAUAGCAAUGAUGCAAAAGAAAACCAUGUUUUCUCGGAGAGAGAAUCCAGUCGAGGAGACAAAGGGAGAAGCAUUCAGUGAUGGCAAUAUUGAAGUCAAACUGUGUGAACAGCCAGUGGAGAGAAAACAUCUCAAACGCCAUCUUGCCCUCUUUAAUUCUGAACUUUCAGAGACUUCUGCCUUAGGUGAUGGGCAUUAAUUAUGUCUUCAUUAUUAAUGCCAGCCCUAUCAUGCUUUGAAAAGAACAUUAUUUUUAACAAAGGUCAAAGACAUUUUUUUAAUUCUUAGCAUGAUGAAAAGGAGAUACUCCAAAUCAUUUUCCUGUGCAACCCUUUCAAAAUGCAUUUUAAAAAUUAAUAAACCACCCUUGUAAAUUGUAAAAGUAGAUUUAAAAAAAUCUUGCACAGAAAUAAGUGUCCUUGACUAGUAGUUCUUCCUACACACAUUCAAUGUCAUGUGGCUUUCUUUUCACUAAGUUGUUCUUUUUCUUAAGUUUCCUAGUAGAACGCUAUAAUGUACUAUUCGGGGUACUGUUAAGGUUUGGUAUUAUCUUCUGCAAAUGAGUUUUAUCCAGUAAAUAUAAAGUGUAAGGAGAUGGAUUAACAACAGUCUGGCAGAUAAAUGAGGUUUAGAGGCAGAUAGAUGUCUAGGUUGAACUUGAAGUCCCAUCAGUUAUUACUGCUGUAACAAAUAAGCUACUUGAUCUCUAAGUCUCCCUUCUGUGUCAAUUAGAGUGCUCCUUCCUCCACCCUAUAAAAUGAAUGCUGCAAUGAAAUUAAAUUUGAAGCAGGAAAAGACUUUGCACUUUGAAGUCCUGAAGCAGUAUCUUGGCUCCUGUCUAAGGCCUCUGCUUUCUGUUCCCUUAUCUUUCUGGAAACCUGCCUUAACCUCUGGUUAUUUUCUAAUCAAAAGAAGACGUUUUCUGAACUCCUCAUUUGUUUUAAAGAACUUUGUCUUCCCUAGUGGGGUAAAAAACUUUUGUCAUGUUAAAGACCUUUUAGAUGUAGUUAGAGGCAGAUGAGAGAAAGAAUCAAACUCAAGCCCACGAAAUUCUACUGUCCUUCAAGACCAGCCCCCAAGAGGGUGGGGUCAGGAAAAGCAGCAAGAUUCUUUACCCACAUCCCCUAGUUAAAGUCACCUUACACUCAGCACCCCCUCUCUUGAGCCUCCUUUUAUUUACUUAUUCAUUUAUUUAUUUUGGAUACAUGCAGAGAGAAAUGUAGAGGGGAGUGGAAGAUAGGGAGAGGGACCUACAGCACUGCUUCAACACUUGAGAAGCUCUCCCCCCUGCAGGUGGAGACUGGGGCCUUGAACCCAGGCCCUUGAGCACAGUAACAUGUGCACUCAACAGUGUGUGUCCCCACUUGAUCCCUUCUUCGGUCUCCUCUUCACCCCAAAUAUCUCACAGAUCCAGUGGCCACCAUCCCAGGACCUUGUCAUUUCCCCUUGAAUCCCUGAGAUUUCCAAAGCCUAUUCAUGACCAAAACUUGUUUUCUAACUCCAGUUUUCCAGUCAGUCAGAUAGAAAAAAAAAAAUCAAGAACUCUCGGGGUAUUUCAGAGAACUUGCACCAUUUGGAAUCUUUCAGGAUAUAAGCACUUAAUUGGAUAAUGAAAGAUAAAGAUGAAACAGUGUGGUACUGGGGAGGGGGAAUCAUUUCUAUGACACGGGAAAACUUACAAAGUCAACAAAAAGGAAAUGCAUGAGUUGUUUUAUGUACAGUCUUCUUGUAUGACUAAUUACCCUCUAGCAAAACAAUGGU